UAUCAACCACCUACUGCCCUCUCUCUCAUCUAUCUCAACACUUUCGCCCUAUGAGAGGGGCACCACCGCCUGACAUUGACAUUCAACUUCUAGCGGCCUACCCCAUCUUGUACGACCGCAACCUCCUUCACUAAAUGGAUGUCCUUCAUCUUCUCGGAGCCUCUUUGUCGUCCUCUACAUAGCCAAGCUCAAGAGGCUUCAUGAGAACCCGCGAACCUUAAAAGAGGAACAAGAGAUGGCGCACUCUUCGCGAGACCUGGAUCGCGUAUUCCAGGAAUUGAAAUCCAAGAACGACGAUGUCCGCUUUCGAGCUGCUGGUGUCUUGCGACAGACCGUCGACACCGCACAUCGAGAACUCCCGCCCGGCCAGUUUUCCGGAUACUACGCCAGUGUCAUCUCGAGAAUCUCAACCCUCGUCGUUCAAAGCCUCGACACAUAUGACCGAAUCGGAGGAAUUCUUGCCCUUGAUGCCCUCAUUGACUUCAAGGGCGAUGAUGCUGGAGUCAAAACUUCUCGCUUCUCCGGCUAUCUACAAUCCGUCCUCCGCGGCAAUGACACAACUGCGAUGGUCUUCGCUGCACGCGCGCUCGGGAGGCUCGCAAUACCGGGCGGAACCCUCACUGCGGAGCUCGUCGAAGCGGAAGUCAAGGGUGCCCUAGAGUCACUUCAAAGUGAAAGGAAAGAACAAGAGCUCCGCCGCUAUUCGGCCGUUCUUGUCCUCAAGGAACUGGCUCGGAACUCACCCACCCUCAUCUAUUCCUGGAUCCCUCAGAUCUUUGAAGUGAUCUGGUCCGCCCUGCGCGAUCAGAAACUUUUCAUCCGCGAGAAGGCCGCCGAGAUGGUUCGGCAAUGCAUUACGAUCAUGAGCACCCGUGAUGCGAAGACACGCGAUCAAUGGCUUAACCGAGUCUAUGAGGAGGCUCUACAUGGUUUUGGGAUCGCAACAAAUGAAGCGGUCCAUGGAUCCUUGCUUACGGUCCGAGAGCUGUUCGAUAAGGGCGCCAUGUUCAUGGAAGGCAAUAGAUACCGCGAGGCUUGUGAAAUUGUUCUGAAGUACAAGGAUCACAAGGAAUUGGCCAUUCGCAAAGAGGUGGUUCAAACAAUUCCCGUUCUUGCGAACUACACCCCCAACGAUUUUGCUACGAGCUAUCUCCAUCCAUGCAUGGUUCACCUGCAAGGCCUCAUGCGCAGAGACAAGGAGAAGGGCAUAUCUUUUCUUGCAGUCGGCCAGAUUGCAGGUGCUGUUGGCAGCAACAUUGCUCCGUACCUCGACUCAAUCAUCGGCUUCGUUCGAGAGGGUCUUCUACCCCGGAAUCGGACGAAGGUCCCGUGUGAAGCACAGAUCUUCGAAUGCCUCAGCAUGAUCUCUAUUGCUGUAGGACAGGCAAUGAGCAAACACGUCCCCACGCUUCUGGAUCCAAUGUUUGCUUGCGGCCUGUCGGAGGCGCUCACACAGGCACUUGUGGACAUGGCUCAUUAUAUCCCGCCUGCCAAAGCCACCAUUCAACAAAGACUCCUCAACCUCCUUAGCCAAAUCCUCUGCGGACGUCAAUUCGUUCCGCUAGGCGCCCCCCAUCACACGCAUGGCCCGAUUCAGAUCUGGACUCGAGAUCACAAAGAUCCUCAAACCAUUGAGCAGCGGGAAUCCGAAAUUGCUCUUUCACUUCAAACACUGGGAAGCUUCGAUUUCUCUGGGCAUGUGUUGAACGAGUUUGUUCGGGAUGUGGCCAUUCAAUAUGUCAAUGCCGACAAUCCCGAUAUCCGAAAGGCGGCAUCACUGACCGCCUGCCAACUGUUCCUUAGAGAUCCUAUCGUCCACCAGACGAGCCGACAUGCGAUCCGUGUUGUCGGAGAUGUCAUCCAGAAACUACUGACCGUUGGUGUUGCUGACCCCGACCCGGAAAUCCGUCGUGUGGUCCUUAAGUCGCUCGACACUCGGUUCGACAAUCACUUGGGGAAAGCAGACAAUGUUCGGAGUCUCUUCCUCGCCCUCAAUGAUGAAUUCUUCGCCAAUCGUGAAGCCGCAAUGGAAAUCAUCGGUCGUAUCAGCGACAUCAACCCUGCUUACAUCUUCCCCUCCCUUCGGAAAGCGAUGAUCCAACAGCUCACGCAAAUCCAGUAUUCCAGCAGUGCAAGGAGCAAGGAAGAGAGUGCUCGACUCCUUAGCCACUUGGUGACUGCUGGACCGAAACUGAUGAAAGCGUUUGCCGAUCCUAUGGUCACGAUCAUGCUUCCCAAGGCUCGCGACGCGAACCCGGAACUGGCUUCAACAACCCUCGAAGCUCUUGGAAACUGCGCUGCGGUCGGUGGCCGCAACGUGCAAAAGUUCAUCCCGCAGCUAAUGGGAGCGAUCAUUGAAAAUUUGCAGGACUUGAGCUCCGAGACCAAACGAAUUGCCGCCCUGCAUGCGCUCGGCCAAAUCGCGACCAGUUGCGGCUAUGUCAUCGAUCCAUACAAACACCACCCCGAACUUACCGAGAUCCUUCACAAUAUCGUGAAGCAUGAGGGCCCUACUGCUUUGAGAGGUGAAGCGGUUAAAGUCAUGGGGAUCCUUGGUGCUGUCGAUCCUGACGUCGAAGCCAAGCUGGCAGAGAAAUUGCCUGAGCAGCAUCUCAUCUCGGACACCCAGCCGGUCACGGACGUUACUCUCGUCAUGAACGGCACUACUCCGUCCAAUGAAGAAUAUUAUCCGACUGUCGUCAUCCACACGUUGAUGGGAUUGUUGAAAGACAAUUCGCUCGCGCAGUACCAUUCGGCUGUCAUCGACGCAGUCAUGAACAUCUACGCAACAAUGGGCCUCAAAUGCGUGCCUUUCCUUGGAUUGGUCAUACCUGGUUUUGUGACCGUCAUCCAGUCGGCUCCUCCUGGUCGCGUCGAAGGUUACUUCAACCAACUUUCUCAAUUGGUGCGGAUCGUGAAGCAGCAUAUCCGGCAAUUUUUGCCCACGAUCAUUCAAUUGAUCGACGAAUACUGGAAUGGACAACCGCUCCUCCAGGCCACCAUUCUGUCUCUCAUCGAGUCUAUCUCCAGGUCAUUGGAGGGAGAGUUCAAACGAUAUCUCGCUCCACUGCUUCCUAAGAUGCUUUCAGUCCUUGACACGGACGCAUCCCCCUCUCGGCUACCGUCUGAGCGAGUGCUCCACGCCUUCCUCAUAUUCGGCAAUGGUGCUGAAGACUACUUACAUCUCAUCAUCCCCGUCAUUGUUCGAAUGUUCGAGAAGACGGGCCAACCACAAAGCAUCCGCAAGCAGGCCAUCGAGACCCUCGGACGUUUGUCACGGAAGGUCAAUCUUGCUGAUUAUGCGCCGCAAAUGAUCCUUCCGUUGGGUAGAAUCCUUUCAACGGCAGACACGUUGAUCCGACAGACAGUUAUGGACACGCUUUGCGCCCUUGUCUAUCAAAUCGGGCAAGAUUACAUUCCCUUCAUUUCGACCAUGAACAAGAUCCUUCAAAACAGCAAGAUCACCCAUGCGAACUACGCUCAGCUGGUCAACAAGCUCGCUCGAGGAGAGUCCUUACCUCAGGAUCUGAGUCCGGACCACCGAUAUGGAGACGACGACGAUGACCAUAUCAUCGCGGAAGCUGCGCUGAAGGAGCUGCAAGUCAACCAACAGCAUCUGAAGAGUGCGUGGGAGGCUUCCCAGAAAUCGACCAAGGAGGAUUGGAUCGAAUGGAUGCGUCGUCUUAGCGUCGAGUUAUUGCGCGAGUCUCCCCAGCAAGCGUUGCGAGCAUGUACUCCUCUGGCAAGCAUCUACAACCCCAUCGCACGCCAGCUGUUCAACUCCGCUUUCGUGUCUUGCUGGACCAAGCUCUAUGAUCAGUAUCAGGAAGAUCUGGUCCAUUCCAUCGAAACAGCUCUGACAUCGACCGAGAUCCCCCCGGACAUUUUGCAGAUGCUGUUGAACCUUGCGGAGUUCAUGGAACAUGACGACAAGGCUCUGCCAAUCGACGUGCGUUUACUGGGUGCCUACGCCAUGAAAUGCCAUGCAUAUGCGAAAGCCUUACACUACAAGGAGCUGGAGUUCAACGCGGAGCAAAACCCCAAUGCGGUCGAGGCGCUCAUCGGCAUCAACAACCAUUUGCAGCAAUACGAUGCGGCGUUUGGUAUCCUUCGCAAAGCGCAAAACUACCACGAUGUUGAUCUUCGCGAGUUCUGGUACGAGAAACUCUCGCGAUGGGAUGAAGCUCUGAUAGCCUAUCAGCGCAAAGAAGACGCAGAAGGCGAGAAGCCCGAAACCACGAUGGGCAAGAUGCGUUGUUUGCACGCUUUGGGAGAGUGGGAUGUUCUGUCGGCGCUCGCUGAGGAAAAAUGGGUCGGGGCAACCUCGGAUUGGCGUCGCCAUAUGGCUCCUCUUGCGGCGGCGGCGGCAUGGGGUCUUGGAAAAUGGGACCUCAUGGAUCAGUAUCUUAAGACGAUGAAGAACACCUCUCCGGACCGAUCCUUCUUUGGCGCGAUCCUUUGCAUUCAUCGCAAUCAAUUCGACGAUGCGUUGACUCUCAUCGAACGAGCUCGCGGGUUGAUCGAGACCGAGCUGACGGCUCUGUUGAGCGAAUCAUAUGAUCGAGCAUACCUCCAGGUUCUCCGUGUGCAAAUGCUGUCCGAGCUUGAAGAAGUUAUGGCGUACAAGAAAUUCCAGGCCGAAGAUGACGACGACAAGAUGCAAAUGAUGAGACUCACGUGGGCCAAACGCCUCAAGGGCUGCCAGCCGAAUCCGGAAGUAUGGCAACGCAUGAUGAAGGUCCGCUCCUUGGUGAUCGGGCCGAGCGAGAAUAUCGCCAUCUGGAUCAAGUAUACCAAUCUGUGCCGCAAGAACAAUCGUCUGGGCCUGGCGGAGAAGUCGUUACAUUCGAUGCUGAACACCAGCCAGCCGAUCGCCCACUACAUCCAGGCCAACAUGCACAACACCGAGGUUGUCAGCUACAAAGUCGCAUACACCGCAUUCAAGUACAUGUGGGGCAAGGGCCAACAAGGGUAUGCCUUGGAUUUGCUGAAAGGAUUCAGCACCAAGGUGUCGGAGGAUAUUUCUCACCGUGCUCGACACAUUGCCCGAACGAUCGAGGAUGCGAAGAAGCGGGAGGAGGGACAUCGCACAUUCCCGCAACAUCAAGGCAAUCCGCAGGUCAAUCCCCAUCUCCUUACUGGACAAUCCAGUCGAGACCACGAUACCAAGCCAACCCACGUCAUCAUUGACGAAGCGCUCAAAGAAGACCGCACCCUUUUGGCCAAAUGUUAUCUAAGACUCGGAGAGUGGCAGGAACAGCUUCUGGAAAGUAAGUGGGAGGGCGAAAGGGUUCACCAUAUUCUGGCUGCGUACAAAGCCGCUACGGAGCACAACAAGUCGUGGUACAAGGCAUGGCACGCAUGGGCAUUGGCCAAUUUCGAGGUCAUCAACUCCUACAAUUCGUCGAGCGAUCGCGAAACUACCGACUUCCCUUCGAGUGCGAUCAAAGAUCACGUCGUGCCCGCCAUCGAGGGGUUCUUCCAGUCGAUUUCUCUCUCAUUGAGCAGCUCGUUGCAGGACACGCUACGUCUGCUCACCAUGUGGUUUGCUCACGGAGGCCACCCGGAUGUGCGAAAGGCGGUUCGGGAAGGCAUUGAGCUCGUGAGCGUGGACACUUGGCUUGAAGUCAUCCCGCAAUUGCUGGCUCGGAUCAACCAACCGAACCGGAUCGUCCGAGAAUCCAUCCACAAUUUGCUCAUCAUGCUUGGGCGGGCGCACCCUCAGGCCCUGGUGUUUCCAUUCACCGUGUCCGUCAAGUCGGAUGCGCACCAGCCGAAGUCGCACGCCAAGGAGCUCAUGGAAGUCAUGCGUCAGCACUCCCCCAAGCUAGUCGAGCAAGCGGAGCUCGUCAGCACGGAGCUCAUCCGAAUCGCCGUCCUUUGGCAUGAGCAAUGGCACGAGGGCCUCGAAGAAGCAUCGCGACUGUACUUCGGCGAUCGGAAUAUCCCGGGGAUGUUUUCGGUUCUCAAGCCGCUGCACGACAUGGUCGACGAUGGGCCGCAGACUCUUCGCGAGAUUUCCUUCAUCCAGUCGUUUGGGCGCGAGCUUGGGGAGGCGAGAGACUGGUGCAAUACCUUCAAACAGACCCGUGAAGAGGGUGACAUCAACCAAGCAUGGGACCUUUACUAUCAGGUCUUCCGGAAGAUCGCCCGGCAACUUCCGACGCUUUUGACCCUCGAGAUGCAGUACGUGUCUCCCAAACUCAGAGACGCGAAAGACUUGGACGUGGCAAUUCCGGGCACCUACUAUCCCAGGAAACCGGUUGUUCGCAUUGCGUCGUUCGACUCGAUCAGCCAUGUCAUUCAGUCGAAGCAGCGCCCGAGGAGACUGAUCCUGCGCGGAAGCGACGGGAACAAUUACCAGUAUAUUCUCAAAGGGCACGAGGAUAUUCGUCAAGAUGAACGAGUCAUGCAGCUGUUUGGGCUCUGCAACACGCUUUUGGCCAACGAUGCCGAAUGCCGCAAGCGGCAUCUCGACGUCCAGCGAUAUUCCGCCAUUCCGCUUUCGACGCAGUCCGGUCUUUUGAGUUUUGUGCCUAAUAGCGACACCCUUCACGUUCUCAUUCGCGAGUAUCGCGAGAGUCGCAAGAUUCUUCUCAACAUUGAGCACCGAAUCAUGCUGCAGAUGGCACCCGAUUACGACAGCCUGACGCUGAUGCAGAAAGUUGAGGUGUUCGGGUACGCGUUGGACAACACCACCGGCCAGGACCUGUACCGUGUCCUCUGGCUCAAGAGCAAGUCGUCUGAGCAAUGGCUUGCGCGACGAACAAACUACACGCGCAGCUUGGCGGUCAUGAGCAUGGUUGGCUACAUUCUUGGAUUGGGCGAUCGACACCCUUCCAACUUGAUGUUGGAUCGCAUAACCGGCAAGAUCGUGCACAUCGACUUUGGCGACUGCUUCGAGGUUGCCAUGCACCGAGAGAAAUAUCCGGAGCGCGUGCCGUUCCGCCUCACUCGCAUGUUGACGUACGCGAUGGAAGUCAGCAACAUCGAGGGAAGCUAUCGAACCACCUGCGAACAUGUGAUGCGGGUUCUCCGGGAUAACAAGGAGAGCGUGAUGGCGGUGUUGGAAGCGUUCAUCCACGACCCGCUCCUCACCUGGCGUCUCAACAACCGCGAAUCUCCCGGCGAAACCUCCUUCACCUCCGAACGCCGCGCCUCCAUCAUCGGCGUCGAGCCCGCCGCCACCGGCGCCGCCUCCAGCAUCCCCGACCACCCCCUCCCCUCCCACACCCGCCGCGACUCCUCCUACCGGCCCCGCGCCCGCUCGUCCACCUACGCGCAGCAGAACGCGGUCAACGACACCGAAGCCAAGGAAGUGCAGAACGCGAGGGCGCUGCAGGUGCUCGGCCGCGUCAGGGAGAAGGUGACGGGUCGUGACUUCAAGCCGACACCGGAACUGGGGGUGGAUAUGCAGGUGGAUCGGCUGAUUCGCGAGGCGACGAAUCUGGAGAACUUGUGUCAGCAUUACAUUGGAUGGUGCUCGUUCUGGUGAGCAGGAAGCGUUGUAAGAGAGGGCAGAGUCCGGUAUGAUGGAUCUCUCUAUUUUUUCGUCUGCCCAUUUGAUCAUAUCGAGGCGUUUUAAGACGACGGUUGCUGGUCGUUCCAGCCGAAUGUAGCAUGAGCGAGGGUUCGAGACAUCAAUAGCUGCAGUCUGCCGUGUCUUGCGAGUGCUCAUUCUAGCACCUUCAGGCGGAAACCAGGGUCGCACGGCGUCUAUAAGGGAAUGACGCUGAGUACGGCUUGGUGUUAUACGGAACGUAAACAGGACUAUUUAUCCCAAGGGUCGGGUGAUUUUGUACGAUACCCCAAGAGGAAGCGAUAUAGUAUACUGUUACCGUAGCAUAGUUUAGAUACAAGCAAUCAUCUUAACCUCA